AUGCGAAAUCAUUCUCAGCUCCAUGAAUUUCUCCUAACAAUAAAAUGGGCAGUGAGUGUAUACAUUCGAUGGCUUUAUGAAAACCUGUUAACACUGAUGGGGAUAAAAUCUGGAAAAACACAAUCGUUGAAUGUCGAAUACGUAGCUCAAACGAUUCGAGAACGUCCAAAUGGUAGUCAAAUAAAAAUUCAACGCCAUGAACGUAAUUCACCAUCAAACUCGAUACGUCAUACUAACACAAGUAGCAUCACUAACAAAACAUAUUCCGUGCAUAUGGGUUCAGCAAAUCUUAUUUUAUCUAUUGAUAAAUCAGCCAGAACGGUUAUAUGCGAGCCAGGUGUCACUAUGGAAGAAUUAGUAGAUGCGUUAUUAGCAUAUGAUCUCGUGCCUACAGUUGUUCCGGAAUUUAAAAAUUUAACAGUUGGUGGUAUAUUAGCUGGAGCUGGUUUGGAAAGUUCAAGUUUUCGGCACGGACAAUUUUCUGAUUCGUUAAUCGAAGCAACAUAUGUUUUGAGUAACGGAGACUUGAUAACAUGCAGUCCAACGAAAGAUUCUGACCUUUUCUAUGGAGCAUUAUGUUCUUGUGGAACAUUUGGAUUAUUGAUUCGUGCAACGUUACGCGUAUUAGAUAUACCGUUUAAUUGUUUCGUGCAGUGUAAUUAUCAUUGGACAAAGGAACCAAUUGAAUUUAUCUCGACUCUCGAUUAUGAGCAUUAUGAAGUAGAUUAUAUAGAUGCAAUUGUUUUUUCCGAUUAUUCGGUUGUUAUCACGGGACAACGUAUCGAUGAAUCCUCAAUACCAAAAGGCGAACGUAUACAGCGAUUUUCACGUUCGUGGGAUCCUUGGUAUUAUCAGCAUGUGAAAAAGCUUCAUGAUCGUAGUCGUCAAACUGUAAUUUGUGAAUAUAUUCCAUUGAAAGAUUACUUAUUUCGAUAUGAUCGAGGUGCAUUCUGGAUGGGACAUUACCCUCUUUAUCCAUUCGAUGAUAAAACCCAACAUUUACCAUUCUAUCUUCGAAAGCUCCUCAAUUUAAUUCCAUUCGGUGGUUACAACAUCAUAAGUAGAACACUUCUUUCACCUCUCUUUACUACCUCAGCACUCUACCAACGUCUUCAUGCAUCUUGCGUGUCUCUCAUUGCUGAUACAUUACUUAUUCAGGAUAUUUACAUUCCAAUAUCUCAAUCAAAGCAAUUCUUAACUUUCUUGCAAACGGGACAGUUGUUUACCGAGAAGGACGAAAGAAUAGAACCUAUAUGGCUUUGUCCAAUACGAUCAAGUUCCACAGCACAAAAACUAAGUCCUCAUUAUACUGAUAAAGAUCAAUUAUUUAUCAAUUUUGGUUUAUGGUCUCAUCAAUAUCGUUGGCAAACGGGCUCAUCCGGCGGAAAGAAUGCAUCAAAAGUAUUAGAAAACGAAGCAAAAAAUUUGCGAGGAAGAAAAAUGUUAUAUGCGCUCAGCUUCUAUUCUCAAGAGCAAUGGUCAACUAUUUAUGACAUGCGAUGGUAUAGACAGAUGAAAAAGAAGUGGGAUCCGAGUUAUGCUUGGGGAGACGUAUGGUGUUCGCACUGUCGUCGAAUGCAUCCAGAUUACGAACAAGCAGCAACGAAGUUAUCCAAGAGUCUAGACAAUCCAAUCUAUUUGGCAAAGCUGGAUUGUACCAACAUUACGGAACCACGAUGUUCCAAACGAUAUAAUAUUGAUGGUUUUCCAACAUUACGAAUCUAUCGAUACGGUCAAUACCAUGACGAAGAAUUGAAUGCUUUCAAUCGAACGACUGACGAGCUAGUCAAAACAAUGAAAGCUUUAAAAAGUAUGAGCACACAACGAAACAUGAUCAACACUCAAGCACAUGGGAUAAAAGAUGAAACGAACAAAGGAAUGGUGAAUAAUUUCUAUCUAUGGUCGCUGAUCGGGAUAUUCUAUUAUAUUCUACGAAAAUUUUUCAUAUAA